AAGUGGAGGAGAGAGUGAGAAGGAGAGUGCGAAGAAGAGUUGGAUGUCAAGAAGGUAUUGUCAAGCUGUGCUGUAGAUCGAUAAAUAAAUCAAAACGAUUAUAACCAAUACUAGAGAAGAUUUUGGACCAACAGGUCCAUAUUUUUGGAAGGAGAAUCGUAAACCCCUUUGAAGCCAAAUACGAGAUUUGACAGAAGAAUCUAAUUUCGAAUCUCUAGAUCGUUGGGAUCGCUGGUAGUAUUACCUGGUUGGUUACUGGGGCAAAAACAACACACAUACUCACACACACACACACAGAAUGUGGACGUGUAUAACAGAUUUCUUCACCUAUGAGACCACCAAGUCAGUGGUGGUGAAGAGCUGGACCAUCGGCAUCAUCAACAGGGUGGUCCAACUUCUUAUUAUCACCUACUUCAUCGGAUGGGUGUUUGUCCAUGAGAAGGCAUACCAGGUCAGGGAUACUGCUAUAGAGUCAUCAGUAAUGACAAAGGUCAAAGGCUUUGGUGUUUACAACAACAAGGUUAUGGAUGUUGCUGACUACGUCACCCCUACCCAGGGUGCCUCAGUGUUCUGCGUCAUCACUAAGCUGAUCACAACCGAGAAUCAAGUUCAGGGUUACUGUCCCGAGAGUGAGAUGAAGUAUAAGUGUACUCACGACAACAACUGUACCAAGUUCCUGAACAGACCUGCAGGGAACGGUCUACCCACGGGCAGGUGUGUUCGUUUCAACGACACCCUGAACACCUGUGAGAUCAGAGGCUGGUGCCCCGCUGAGAUAGACUACAUCAAGACGCACCCUAUGAUGGAGGUGGAGAACUUCACCAUCUUCAUCAAGAACAGCAUCCGUUUCCCCCUUUUCAACUUCACUAAAGGGAACUUCCUCCCCAGCAUCACAAACGCGUAUAUAAAGACGUGUAACUUUGACAUGGUCAACAACACCUACUGCCCUAUCUUCAGGGUAGGGGACGUGGUGCGGUAUGCACACCAGAACUUCACCACUCUGGCCCACAAGGGAGGAGUGAUUGGCAUAAAGAUCGGCUGGAUAUGCGAUCUCGACAGGUCCGAGGAUGAGUGUAGCCCCUCCUACUCCUUCACCCGAUUGGACGCCAUGUCAGAAAAGAACAGCGUGUCCCCCGGUUACAACUUCAGGUUUGCCAAGUACUUUAAGAUGGACAAUGGGACUGACUACAGAACCCUGGUGAAGGCCUACGCCAUCAGGUUUGAUGUACUGGUCAAUGGAAAUGCAGGAAAGUUUAACAUGAUCCCUACUCUGAUUAACAUGGUUGCAGCAUUCACCUCUGUAGGAGUGGGCACGGUGCUCUGUGACAUCAUACUCCUCAAUUUCUUGAAAGGGGCGGAGCAGUACAAGGCCAAGAAAUUUGAGGAGGUAACAUCUCUUUCAUUCUUAAUAUGGCCGACACAGGCUGUGGUAAGUACAGUUCACCUGGAGACACUCUUUCUCUCUCUCUCUCUCUCUCUCUCUCUCUCUCUCUCUCUCUCUCUCUCUCUCUCUCUCUCUCUCUCUCUCUCUCUCUCUCUCUCUCUCUCUCUCUCUCUCUCUCUCUCUCUCUCUCUCUCUCUCUCUCUCCAUCUAGGUUUCAGACACGCCAAUGGAGUCCUCCGUUUCCCAUAGCAAUGGGUUGUACCGCAGCCAGCUGUCAAUCAGGCAUGAGGAGAGGCAGUCCAGCGACUCAGGAGCCUUCUCUAUUGCACAAUACAGCUGAUGGAGUCACACGCCAAUGGGACGGAGAGUUUCAGUGUGAUGGGUGGGACCACACAGCCAAUGGGAUGGAGACCUUCAGUGUGAUGGGUGGGACCACAUAGCCAAUGGGACGGAGAGCCUCAGUGGGAGAGGCGGGCAUUCAGUAAUGGAGAAAACGACUAACACAUUUAUAUAUAAUAUUUAUAAUGUUGCAUUUUUGCCUGCCAAAAUGUAAUUAUGAAUUAAAAUAAAUUUAAUUAUAUAUAUUUUUUUGCAUGCAACCACAUCAGUCUUUCAACAUCUACAGUACAAUCAGAUUAUCUGUCUGUCAAUAUAAUAAAAAAACAAACAAAUGAAUAACAAAUAAAUAAACAAACAUUUGACAUCCAUAUUUCAUUUGCAAAACACUUUAUUGAUUUUCUAUUCAUUUGCAUGUUUGCUAAAAGCAGAGAGGCAUUUCCCAGUCUCCUGAGGAAGUGGUGUUGGUGGAGCCAGGCCUAUGACCAUUUGUGCCUAUGCCAGGAAGACGUUUAUGUGUGUGUUUCAGGUAUGUGUGUAACUGUGUGUGUCUUCCUCGAAAGUCCAUAUUUCGUCCCCUAGAUCUCAC